AUGCACACCGAACGGCGACAUCGUCAUCGGGCCGGCCGUGGUACGAUGUCCGGCCAUCAGACGACCGGCAGUACCGUGGUCACGGCCACCGCCAUCACGGCGCAGCAGCCCGCCAUCCAUCCCACCGUCUGGGAGAUUCUGUCCGCCGAGCUGAUCCUUUCGAACGAACCGGAAGGUACGCCGGAACUGCCCGCGGCCAACAGGGCCCUCUUCCUGGAGAAGGUGCGCCAGUCCAAUACCGCAUGCCAGAAUGGUGACUUCAGUACCGCCGUCCAGCUGUACACGGACGCGCUCGGGCUGGACCCGGGCAAUCACAUCCUUUACAGCAACCGUUCGGCGGCCCGGCUAAAACAGGGCCAGUUUGCGCUCGCACUCCAGGAUGCGACACGUGCACGCGAGCUCUGUCCCCAGUGGCCGAAAGCUUACUUUCGGCAAGGUGUCGCGUUACAGUGUCUCGGCCGGUAUGGGGAAGCGUUGGCAGCGUUCAGUGCCGGGUUAGCGCAAGAUCCCAACAGCAAGCAGCUGUUGGCCGGACUGGUGGAGGCUUCGAUCAAGAGUCCGCUACGGCACGCACUCGAACCCACAUUCCAACAACUGAAAGCGAUGAAGCUCGAUCAGUCGCCAUUCGUAGUGAUAUCCGUAGUUGGCCAGGAGUUGCUCGGUGCGGGUCAGUAUCAUGCCGCCGUUACGGUGCUCGAGUCAGCACUCAGGAUAGGAUCGUGCUCGUUGAAGUUACGUGGUUCCGUCUUUUCGGCGCUCAGUUCCGCACACUGGGCAUUGAAUCAGCUAGACAAAGCGAUCGCUUACAUGCAGCAGGAUCUGGCCGUAGCCAAGAGCCUUGGUGAUACGGCCGGCGAAUGUCGUGCGCACGGGAAUCUUGGGUCGGCUUACUUCAGCCAGGGUUCGUACAAGGAAGCGCUCACGUCCCACCGCUACCAGCUAGUGUUGGCGAUGAAGUGCAAAGACACGCAGGCGGCUGCAGCCGCACUUACCUCGCUCGGUCACGUGUACACCGCCAUCGGGGACUAUCCGAACGCGCUCGCCUCACACAAACAGUGCGUACAGUUGGUGAAGCAGAUGGGCGAUCGGUUACAAGAGGCGCGCGAAAUCGGUAACGUCGGUGCAGUGUACUUAGCAAUGGGUGAGUUUGAUUCCGCGGUCGACUGUCACACCCAACAUCUUAGGCUUGCCCGGAAGCUGGGCAAUCAGGUGGAGGAAGCACGGGCGUACAGUAAUCUCGGUUCGAGCUAUCACUACAAGCGCAACUUUACGCAAGCCAUCACCUACCACGAGAGUGUCCUGCGGAUAGCGCAACAGCUCGGCGAUCGUGCGAUAGAGGCACGGGCGUACGCAGGCCUUGGACAUGCGGCACGCUGUGGCCAUGACUUUGUGCAGGCAAAGCGGUGGCACGAGAAGCAAUUAGAGAUGGCACUGGCCGCUCGGGAUAAGGUGGGCGAAGGGCGUGCCUGUUCGAAUUUGGGUAUCGUGUAUCAACUGUUGGGCGAGCAUGAUGCGGCACUGAAACUACACCAAGCGCAUCUUACCAUUGCGCGCCAGCUGCAGGAUAAAGCCGGUAUGGGACGUGCGUACGGCAACAUUGGCAAUGCGUACUCAGCUGCCGGUUACUACGAGUCUGCGAUCAAGUACCACAAGCAGGAACUUAUCAUCAGCAAGGAAGUGCACGAUCGUAGUGCGGAAGCGUCAACGCACGGAAAUUUGGCAGUGGCGUAUCAAGCACUUGGCGCACACGAUAUGGCACUAAUGCACUACCGAGCCCAUCUAAAUAUUGCCCGUGAGCUGAAGGACACUGCCGGCGAGGCAUGCGCACUACUAAAUCUGGGAAAUUGUUUAAGCUCGCGACAAGAGUUCGCCCAAGCUGUGCCGUAUUACGAGCAGUACCUCAUGCUGUCUCAGGAACUCGGCGAUGUGGCAGCUGAGGGUAAGGCGUGCCAUUUCCUGGGUUAUGCGCACUACUGCAUCGGCAACUAUCGGGAAGCAGUACGAUACUACGAUCAAGACCUGGCGCUCGCCAAAGAUCUGCAAAACAAGAUGAACAUGGGCCGAGCGUACUGUAACCUCGGGUUGGCACAUCUAGCACUCGGCAACACCGGUGGUGCGUUGGAGUGUCAGAAGUAUUUCCUCGCGAUCGCCCACAUGACCAACCAUCUGCCGGGCAAGUUUCGAGCGCUCGGGAACAUUGGUGACGUGUUGAUACGGAUGGGCGAUGUGGAUGAGGCGAUCAAGAUGUACCAACGGCAGCUAGCCCUUGCACGGCAAACGCGCGAACGUGGCAUGGAGGCUGCGGCCUGUGGUGCACUAGGACUCGCGCACCGGUUGCUCAAGAAGCUCGACAAAGCACUCGGUUACCACACGCAGGAGCUUACACUUCGUCAAGAGAUGAGUGAUCUGCCGGGAGAGUGUCGAGCGCAUGGACAUCUCGGUGCAGUGCAUAUGGCACUGGGUAACUACACACACGCCGUUAAAUGCUACCAGGAACAGCUGGAACGUGCGCAAGAACUUCAAGAUUCGGCAGUAGAAGCGCAAGCAUUCGGUAAUCUAGGUAUAGCGAGAUUAAACAUGGGCCAUUACGAAGAUGCAAUCGGGUAUCUCGAGCAACAGCUAGGCACGUUGGAGCAAGUGAACACCCCAACUGCCCAGCACGAUCGUGCAAGAGCUCUAGGGCAUUUGGGUGACUGUUAUGAUGCACUGGGCGAUUACCACACCGAAGCUAUUAAGUGCCACGAACGACAUCUGCAGCUAGCCAUCGCACUACAGAGUCCCCGUGACCAGGAGCGAGCUUACCGAGGACUCGGAAACUGCUACAAAUCUGUCGGCAAUCUUCAGGAGGCGCUCGUGUGUCUCGAAAAACGACUCGUUGUGUCACACGAGUUGGGCAAUCCGGAAGCGAAAGCGGCUGCUUACGGUGAUCUGGGAAGCAUACACAGUGCGCUAGGGAACUAUGAGCAAGCGAUCAACUGUCUUGAGCAUCAGCGUGACAUUGCCCGGGAGCUUGGCGAUCGUGUACUAACGUCCGACGCGAUCAGUGGUCUUGGGGCAGUUUUCCAACAGAUGGGUGACUACGACGAAUCGUUACGGUUGCACAAACAGGAUCUCGAGCUGGGCGAGAGCAUCAACCAUAGCACACUGCAGGCUCGUGCUUGUGGAAAUCUCGGCUCCGUGUAUGAUGCACUCCGGAACUACACCGAAUCAGCACGGUACUACGAGAAGCAGCUAACGCUUACGUCCGAUCGGCAGACGAAAGCACACGCCUGUCUCGCGCUAGGACGUGUGUACCACGCCAUGGAGCAAGUGCCACAGGCAGUCGGCUUUUUACGGCAAGGUCUAGCGAUCGCUCAAUCACUCAACAAGCUAGAGGAAGAAGCGAAGCUACGCUACCGGCUCGGUUUAUCGCUGGUGGCAUCGGGUGAUGAUGAUGCCGCACGCCAACAGAUGGAAAAUGCCGCCCAGAUUCUCGAAUCGAUCCGCAGUGAUCAGGUCACACCGGAGGCUCGCACUCUGCUGUACGAUCUGCAAACAUCCUGCUACCAAACGCUGCAGCGUGUGCUGGUCGGAUUGGGCCGCACGGAGGAAGCACUGGUUGCAGCCGAACGUUGCCGAUCGCGUAUGGGUGCCGACUCGAACCAGAGUGCCGAGAAUUCACUCAACAACCGCAAAACGCUGCUCACAUGCAGCGAGUACAUCUUCGACACGGUCAAUCGCAGUAAAACGAGCAUCAUCUACUACAGUCUCGCCGGAACCGAUCUGUACGCUUGGUUCCUGCAGCCACAGAAGCGUAUCGUGCGCUUUCACGCGACUAAACUCGAUGAACAGACGCUACCGAUGAUGAAGAAGAAGGCACUGAUGGGACCGACAGGUACGGGACCUUCGGACAAAAAGGGCAGCCAGCUUGAGGAAGCAUCCACGGGAGAAAAUAGUCUGCUGGAGCAGUACAUCAACUACGUGAGAGAUUGUUUGGGCGUAAAUUCGGGCAGCGUGUUACAGGAAGGUGAUGGUAGCGGUUGGAAAUCAUCCAACGAGAACCUGAUCGAUGACUUCACGAACGAGCGGGCCGGAUUUUUGCGUAUGGUCAAUCGGAACCAUUUGCUCAACUCGAGCAAUUAUUCGCUGAGUUCGCUGUUCAGUCUCGGCAGUGUCGGUGGCUCCGUUGCCAGUCUGCAGGGUUCAACAAGGUCUAUUGGAAGCCUGCAGGGAUCGACACGGUCGAGACGAUCGAACAUGCUGCCACCGUGGCAAGGACCGUCUUGUUUGCACGUCCUGUACAACUUACUGUUGGCACCGUUCGAGGAUCUGCUACCAGACAUUAGUUCAACUGCUCGAAUCGGUCGUCGUGAGUUGAUUCUGGUACUGGAGAAGGAACUCUACCUGGUCCCGUUCGCUAUCCUGCGCAGUGGUGAUGAAGAUGGCGAAUAUCUUUCGGAACGCUGCUCCCUGCUCACCGUCCCAUCCUUGCACACGCUGCGUCAGAAAAGUCGCAUCAAAACGCGUGAACCAGCGGAAGGCCUUAACAGCGCUCUUGUGAUCGGAGGACCCAAGAUACCGUCCUCCCUAUCGGAGACCUGGGGCUGGUCGGAUUCUCCAGCCUCACUGCAGGAAGCUGCCAUGGUGUCCGAUAUGCUGAACACGAAACCACUCGUCAGCUCGAGUGCCACCAAAGAGUCGGUCGUUUCCGAAUUACCGGCAGCCGAAUGUGUCCACUUUGCGGCCAACGUGAGCUGGAAGCUGGGUGCCGUAGUCCUUAGUCCUGGUGACGUGCUCGAUUCACAGUCCCAGAAGCGUUUCUAUCCGAACGCGGGCGGUGAACUGUUGGGUGGUGAUAACGACGAAGAAACGACCGAUCUGUCUACCUCCAACAUGGAGAUACCACCGCUCUCUGACUUUAUCCUCAGCGCUGCGGAUCUGCUCUCGAUGAAGCUGACCGCGAAGCUGGUUGUGCUGAGCUCGUACCACUCCGUCGAACCCAUAACCGGAUGUGGAGUGGCCAAUCUGGCCGGUAGUUGGCUAUUCGCUGGGACUGGUGCCGUACUCGUGUCGCUCUGGCCCGUCCCCGAAACGGCGGCCAAAAUUCUACUGCGUGCCUUCUACUCCGCCCUGCUUCAGGGUACACGUGCCGCACGCGCCCUAGCAGAGGCAAUGCAAACCGUCCAGCACACCAAACACUUUGCCCAUCCGGCGAACUGGGCUGGAUUUAUACUGAUCGGUGGCAAUGUACGACUCUCAAACAAGGUCGCACUGAUCGGACAAGCGCUUUGUGAACUGAUGCGCACUCCAGAUAAGUGUCGCGAUGCGUUGCGCGUGUGUCUUCAUCUGGUGGAGAAGAGUCUGCAGCGGAUUCAUCGUGGCCAGAAGAACGCCAUGUACACCACGCAGAAAAGCAUCGACAAUAAGGCGGGCCCGGUUAGCGGAUGGAAGGAUCUACUGAUGGCGGUCGGAUUCCGGUUUGAACCGGCCGCUAACGGUAUCCCGUCCAGUGUGUUCUUCCCGCAGAGUGAUCCGGAAGAUCGACUGUCACAGUGUUCGGCUAGUUUGCAGGCAUUGCUCGGACUGUCCCCAACUACACUGCACGCACUGUCGAAGUUGGUGCAUGGAGCAGAAAUUGCGGACGAGAUUAUUGGUGUGAUGCGGAACGUGGUGGCACAGUUCCCAUCGAAAGCGACCGACAAUGAAAGUGCGAUCGAUGUGCCGCUGAGUGUACGGCUGUGGCGGGUAUCUGGUUGUCAUGAGUUGCUUGCAUCGCUUGGAUUCGAUCUGAUGGAGGUGGGACAGGAUCAGGUGACACUGCGCACAGGAAAACAGGCAAAUCGGCGCAAUUGUCAGUUUGUGCUUCAAGCACUGUUGGCACUGUUCGAUACGCAGGAAGCUCCAAAAAGUCUCGGAAUCGAAUCAAGCAGUAGUUCAGAAUCGUUGAACGAAGAGGAAGAAUCCGACGAACAGGGCACAACACAUCAGCAACAAUCCUUGCAACAGCAGUCGCAACAACAAUCCCAGCAACAAUCCACACAACAGCAGCAACAGCAGCAACAAUCUGUUCAACAGUCACAACAAGUCCAGCAACAGUUGAAAGGGUCCUCUUCCGGUGCAAGUCCAACACCGACCAGUGGUGACUCACAGCAACGAAGCAUUUCUCCUGCCGUGACGGUAAAAUCCCAGACCAGCUACAACUUCUCCCGACCACCAUUACCCCUGCGACGUGUCCCCUUCCUGAGCACCCGCAGUGCCUUCAUCUCGUACGUCCGACGACGUGGUGAACCGGACGGAGGACAGACCGACAGUGCGCAAUCGGUUACGAACGGAAAUGCUGUCCCGAACGGUAAUGUGCUCGAUACAAGCCUUGCCAACACUACCGACAGUGAGCUUUCCGAUGGGUAUACCACCCAGCAGAUACUCCUCAAAAGUGAUCACCUGGCGAAGGGACUCGGGUACUCGAGUUUACGGGGAACGAUAAAGGUGUCUCGACCUGGAGGUGGUGGCGAAAGUGAUGCCGCCUUCACCCCAAGUCCUCCGGUAACGAUCCAGAACGUAGAUCAGAACGUCUCGCUCGCGUUGGCACAUCAGACACGCAUCAAGAAUCUCUACACGAAUAAUGGCAACGUGCACGGUGGUAUGGCUGGUGCGAUGAAUGGUGGUGUUCACGGUCCUGCAGCAUCGGCAAUCGGACCGGGUGGUUACAACCUGCAGGAUACACUUCGCGAUGGAGUUCAUCAUCAUCCGAAUCCGAGCCAUCAUCGCCGUCCGGAUAGUUCCAGCUCGGCAAGCUCAGCGACGGAUUGGGAGGGAUCGGGACAUGCGACUGUUUUACGACGUGCAGCACACCAAGGACACCACCUACCGCCUCUCCCACCACCCCGACAAACGCUUCCAAUGGUGGAGAGUCUACGUCCGCUGGCACCACUUGCACCAGUGUACAAUAACAUUAACGGAGCAGUGGGUCCUACCGUUGGACCUGCAGGCAAGAAUUCCGUCCCGAACGGUGGCCAGAAAUCGCUCUCGGUGCUUGAAUCGACCAGUUCCGAUUCAGAGUUUGAACGAUCGUUCGAUCUACCGGCCGGUUCCUCUAAUGCCGCGUCUAUCAGUAGUAAGUUGACUUCGCUGGCUCACAGCCUUCAGAGCAUGCGUACUCGCAACAAGCUGAAGAUGGGCCCUCCUGCUCACGGACAACAUCUUCAGCAACAGCAACAGCAGCAACAACAACAGCAACAGCACCAACAACUCCACGGCCAGCAGCAUCAUCAUGGUGCGUCAAGUGGGUCCUCUACCACAACGAUGACUCGCUCGAAACUUCCCGUGGAUCAGUUCGGAUUCCUCGAUCGUCUUAGCUGCCGAACGGAGAUUUCAUCUUCGGCCACCCUCUCCAAUCACGUUGCACCACCUCGGAAACCUCUCUCGACCCUACCAGAUGAUGAGCGCACGCUUAACCUAAACGCUAACAAGCUCUACUUCUCACCGACUGACGCCGAAAUGCUUCCGCUGGCGGAAGCGUCCCCAUCGGAUCUUGGUCUCGGUGCUAAAUCGCACGCCCCCUCCAUUGGACAACCGAUGGUUGGAUCAACCGGUGGAUCUCUGGGUGUACCGGGAACUUCCAGCAAGGAUGGUACCAAAUCGAACCAGAAAACGAUCCAAGACUCGAUCCUGCGCCACAUGUCCCGCGAGAUGACGCCCACUAUCUCGGAGGUGUACCACGAGCGCAAUAUUGGACUCGGGUUGGCUCCGUCGCUGUCCAAGCUGCUGCUAAGCAAGAACUACGACGAAUCACCUGAUCUCGGCAAGAGUAACAAUUCAGUCACGGUGGCAGCGGCAUCAGCCGCAGCAGCUGCCUCCAUGCUCAACAAACCAAGUGCCGCCCUGACGGUGGGCAAUCUGGCCGAAGCGAUGAACGAGAUCGAGAUGAAUGCGACCACAUCGAGCAAGCUGGAUGAGGGUGCCUGUGGCAUUUGUCACUCACCGUCCGAUCUGCUGUGUGGAUGUAGUGCCACCUCUACCGUGGCAGCCGUCGCUGCCAUGACAGCAGCACUCGGUGCGAACACGAUGGCGAAAAAGUCAAGCUCAAACAAACCCUGGCUCAGCAACGUAUCGCCCAACAUCGUGAAGGCGAGCGACCUAACCACGGCCGACAUACUCGAACAGCAGAAGCAACUCAAAUCGUCCGUUAGCAGUGGACUCACCAGCAAUCUGUCCUCUUCCACGGAAAACUCACUCUCGACCGUAGUCAAGCGGAGUGGAUCACCAUUUUCCGAUCUAUCGCGACGGGACGAAGGUGAUGGUCGUAGUGUGGCUGAUUCGCAGUGUUCGGGUAGCUUUCGGACGGAUAUUACCGGUUCCACUGUAACUACUUCCAAGAGUCAGCAGCAGGGAUCGUCGCAGCAGCAGCAACAGCAACAGCAGCAACAACAACCAUCACAACAAUCUAGUAGUGGGGAUCCAAACGGUUCAUCUGUACCAUCAUCCAUUGUCACCAUGACAUCCACCACGACCGUAACGCAGCAACGAGGAAAAUACAUCAUCGAUACGUGA